AACUGCAUAAGAACAUGUGAACAGCCUUCCUUUCGGCCGGAACCGCCAUCUUCCAGUAAUUCACCAAAAUGACCAACACAAAGGGAAAGAGGAGAGGUACUCGCUAUAUGUUCUCUAGGCCUUUUAGAAAACAUGGAGUUGUUCCUUUGGCAACAUACAUGCAAAUCUACAAGAAAGGUGAUAUUGUGGACAUCAAGGGAAUGGGCACUGUUCAAAAAGGAAUGCCCCACAAAUGUUACCAUAGCAAAACCGGAAGAGUCUACAAUGUUACCCAGCAUGCUGUUGGCAUUGUUGUAAACAAACAAGUUAAGGGCAAGAUUCUUGCUAAGAGAAUUAAUGUACGUAUCGAGCACAUUAAGCACUCAAAGAGCCGAGACAGCUUCCUGAAGCGUGUGAAGGAAAAUGAUCAGAAAAACAAGGAAGCCAAGGAGAAAGGUACUUGGGUUCAACUGAAGCGCCAGCCUGCCCCACAAAGAGAAGCACACUUUGUGAGAACCAAUGGAAAGGAGCCUGAGCUAUUGGAACCCAUUCCCUAUGAAUUCAUGGUGUGAUAAAUGUAAAAAAAAAAAAAGACAUCAAGACUGUAAAAAAAAAAAAAAAAAAAAAAAAAGAA